AUGGAACAAACUUUACAGGACACUUUGGAGGGGGCUGAUGAGACUGUCCAGCAGCAACCCCCUUCGACGAGACCCGAAAAAUCUCUUCAGGAAAAACUGUACAACAUUUAUGUGCAGGAGUGUGAAAAGGAGCCAGAAGCAGAGGGCCUUCGAAGCAAUGUCAACUUGCUAGAGAAGCUUAUGAAGAGAGAGCCAUUGCCAUGUUUAGUGGUCAGCCUGUACCCAGAAAACCAGGGCUAUUCUCUCAUGCUCAAGGAUAGAGAUGGAGUCCUUAUAGAGCCCUAUCCAGGGCCGUAUGUAGGACAGAAACUGCUUGAAUAUUUGGAUGCUGAAGAGUUACCUUCUUUUCUGAUUGAUAUCCUGGGAAAGUCUCCUGUGAAUGUUUUUCACGGUGGCUGUGUCAUAGCAGAAAUCCGAGACUACAGGCAGUGCGGUGACAUCUACCCUCCCGAGGAGCCUGCUGCAGAGGCUGCUGUGUCCUCUCCUGCUUGCCAAGUCCGGCAUAUUCUCUUACGUCCAACGAUGCAGUCUCUAGUAAGUGAUGUCGAGUCCAUAACAAGUGACAGCAGUCAGUGGACCCAGGAAGAAAAACAGGAGCUUGAGAGCCAACUGACCUCAGCUACAGCAGAGCCACUGUGUCUGGAUCCUUCUGUUGCUGUCACCUGCACGGCCAACAAAUUGCUGUUUAAUGAGCAGAAGAUGAACACUAGCCCCAUGCGGCAAUGCUUCAAGAGGCAUGCAUGCCCCUCUCUGGAUCAAGAGGAGGUACCAUCUGGGUGUUCUUGUCCCCCUGACUUAACGACAACGACUCCUUGCAAAAAGCAGGCAAAAAUAAGGCCAGAUAACCCAUCUGACCUGCAGAUUGAUGGAACAGAAACAUGCAACCAGAGUCUCUGUGAACUGACUGUGCCUUCAGAGAUGGACAUGGAGAGCUUUAUUAAAGAGUUGCUAUCUCUGCCCUUUGAUGAGACUGAACCAACCGUCUCAGCAAUUCCUGAGGUAAAAUAUGAUUGUAUGUUUGAUUGUGAGGAUGACAGUCAGCUAUGGGAUAUGAAUGCAGAUAUCAUGGAGUGCCUUAAUAUGCUUUUCUCUGAGGAAAUAGAGCCACUUCCAGAGAGCAGCAGUGCUAACCCCAUGUCUCUCCCUCCUGUGGCCCUGGGUGAUUAUUCAGAUGAUUUCCUGACAGGGAUAAACACUGAGCCUAAGAAGACAGUGCCUAUGUGCCAGGAGGCUGUCCAGAGCCAAGCUAGUUGCCCCAGCAAGAUGCCACAGGGGUCCAAUUUGGCCUCCUCCAAGCACGCUGGUUCCAGUGGCCACCAGAGUGACAGCGAGCAGACGGGAGCAUCCUGGACAACGCCAGGAGUGGAGCCUGCACUUGAAAGAAGUGACAUGGUCCAGUGA